UGGUGUUGUUCCAUAAAUACCCCUUGCUCUCUAUCCGGCGCAAGUUCCAACAAUAUCAAUGACGAAAAACACUCUCAAGUGAAGCCCAACGACACAAAAACACUCUCCAUCUUCUCCUCUGAUCGACGCUGGAUACAACAGUGUAGAAGAACAUGGGAAGAUCGACCACAUCUUGCUUCAAGAUCAUAUCUUGUGGUGGGGGUAGCAAUGAAUCUGUUGAUAGAGAUGAUAUUGAUGCUUCUUCCGAGAACAAAGAUAAACGAGGAUGGAGUUUCAGAAAAAGAUCAGCCAGACAUCGAGUCCUGAGCAACACUGUCAUCACUGAAACACCAUUAGAGAACAAACCAAGCUCAGAACCUGUUCCACUCACUUCUGAACCACAACUCAAUUCCUCCAUAUCAGAAAAAACUUGUGACAGCAUAUGGACAGAAGAGUCACCUCAAUUAUCAAAUCCAAUUACAAAAGAUGCUGUUACAAUGUCAACAAUGGCAACUGAUACUUGUGAAGAUGACAUUAAAUCUGAACCUGUUGUUGAUGAAUCAGCCAUCCUUAUCAUACAGUCUGCUGUUAGAAGAUUCUUGGCUCAAAGAGAACUUGUGAGGUAUAAAAAUGUUGUGAAGUUACAAGCUGCUGUGAGAGGGCAUUUAGUCAGGAAUCAUGCUGUGGGAACUUUAAGAUGUGUUCAAGCCAUUGUCAAGAUGCAAGCUCUUGUUCGUGCUCGACGUGCUGACGUGGCAUCUGAAAUAAAUUCGGAUCCGAAAUAUAUUUCCAUUGAGAAGCUACUAAGUAACAGUCUUGCUCGACAGCUACUGGAAUCUGCACCAAAGAAGAAACAAAUCAACAUCAAAUGUGUCCCUUCAAAAUCUGAUUCCGCUUGGAAUUGGUUGGAGAGAUGGAUGUCUGUGUCUUCACCAGAAACAGUGGAAUCACGCACUCCGGAACAGAAUCAAGAUCAAGAUCAAGAAAAGGUUAUUAACAACACCGAGAAUCAAGUGGAAACGGUGAUUCCUGAUUGUGAAUCAACGGAAUUGGAAUCCAAUGUUGGAGAAGAAACAGUGGUUUCUGAUGAAAAAGUCAACUUGGUCAAGGUCAAUACUGAAGAAAAGUCAAAUGAAGAAGAAAUCCCUCAACCUGAAUCCAUGGAUUUGAUUGUUGAAGAAUCUGUAUCAGAAAUCGAACCCAAACGUGUAACAAAAAGACUUGCAAGUGAUGAAGCAGAUUCAGAAGGAAGAAAAUCAGUUUUUGGAUCAAGAAAACCAAUCAAUCCAUCUUUCAUUGCUGCUCAGUCAAGGUUUGAAGAGUUGACUUCCAAGAACAACAUCCCAUCAAAACCAUCUGAUUCAUCUAAACAAGAAAAUGACGAUUUUACCCCUGAACACAUCAUCCCAUCAAAACCCAUCAAUGCUUCUUCUAAUCAAGACAAUGAUGUUGGUACCCCUGAAGACGACCCCAUCAACAAUUCUUCUAACCACGAAAAUGACGAUUUUACCCCUGAAGACAUCAUUCCUUCAAAACCCAUCAACAAUGUAAUUUCCUCUGUUACCCCUGAAGAAUCUUUAGUUUCAGAAUGUGGGACAGAACUUUCCAUCACAUCUACACUCGAUUCACCCGAUCCAUCCGAAGUUGAAACCAAGAAACUUCCGGAAGAUUCCAAAGUUUCAAAUCAAGAAAUCGAUGAUACAAAUGAUGAUAAUAUUGAAGAACACAACAAUUUUGUUGACAAGAUUGAGAAACUUCCGGAAGAUUCUAAAGUCCCAGAAGACGCACCAUCUGAAGCCGACAUUGAAAUUAAUCUGGAACCCAAUUCCAAUUCCAAUUCCGUCCAUCAGAUUCCGGAGUCAUUAUCUCCAAGAAGCCACAUAACAGCUCCGGAAUCACAAGGGACACCAAACAGUCAACUCUCAACCAACACCAAGAAAAGUAGUACUAAAAACGUAUCAAGUCAAAAACGAAAGUCUUGGUCAACUAGCAAGAAGUCAACCGUUGACUCGGGUUCAAAAUUGGAGACUUUACCGAAGGAAACGAAACCCGGGAAACGGAGGAAUUCGUUUGGGUCACCUAAACCUGACAAUUCCGAUCAUGAAGGGAAUGGGCUAUUACCGAGUUACAUGCAAGCAACGGAAUCAGCAAGAGCAAAAGCAAUUGCAAAUGGGUCCCCAAGGUCAAGCCCUGAUGUUCAAGAUAAAGAGAUUUAUUUAAAAAAGAGACACUCAUUACCUGGUAAUGGAAGACAAGCGUCACCUCGGAUUCAGAGAUCUGUUUCUCAGGCAUUGGAAUCCGCAAAGGGGAAUGGGAAUCAAGAGAAGAAAUGGCAGAGAUAAAGUAAAGUAGUGAUGGUGUGUGUGGUUUAUGUGGUUAUUUGUUAUUAAUUUUUAUUUGUGUUUUUUUUUUAAAAACAGUGGUUGUGCCAUUUUGUUAAAAAAAAAUUUAUAUUUGGUUUAAACGUGAUAUAUAUAUAUAAUAUUUCGAGCUAGAGUGCCUUGGUGUCGUGUAGUUUGUUUGAGGA